GUCGAUACAUCGAUUGACUGAAUCGAUGGUGGAAAAUGAAAACAUUUUUGAGGAAAAAUGUCAACAAAUUUUGGUGAUCAAGUUGAUUGUUAAUUUAAGUUAAUUUCUAAUUGUUUAUUUAUUCUUGUUUAAAGUAAAUUAGUUAAUUUAACUAGUCCACAAUUGAAAUUUUACAUUAAAUUUGUGGCUUGAGUUUAAAAGAUGAGCUGGAAUCCAUUGAGGAAAAUUACUUCAUCUUUUGGCCAAUCUUCCGUUCCAACUCCUGGUAACAAUAAUGGUAAUAAUAAUGAUGAAUUAUUGGUAAAUCUUUCGGGUUUAGAUAAUUUCGGUUCAACUACAAAUUCUGAUGGAUCUUUAUUACCUGAUGAAGUGAUUAAAUUAACUGGACGAGUUGAUGGAGUUGAAUUAGCUACUAAAAAGAUUCACAAAAGUGGUAAAAAAUUGACCGAAACGAUUAUUAAAUUUAGUCGACAUGAAAGUAAAUUAAGUGAAGAUUUAGCCAACAGUUUAUUGUGUCAACAAUAUUAUCCACAAUUUCGUGAAUUGGUUCAAGACUGGCACACAUUUAAUUGCGAGACCAGUGAAUUUGGCGAUAAUCUAGGAGUGGCAAUUCAAAGGAUGAUUGUUGAUCCAACAAAAAAGUUCCAAUCGAUUCUGAAUGAUGUGAAAAACGAAUUGAAUAAGCAUAAAACGUUAUCCGAAUCAUUGAUCAAAUUGAAUUCAAAGGUUUCCCAAUUGAGUAAGAAGGAGAAAACUGGUAAUGUUUUUGUCGCUUUAGAAAAGACUAAAACUCAGCUCACUGAAACGGAAGAAAAAUUUGACAAACAAUCAAAGUUAAUUGCUGAUCAAGUUCCUGCAUUACUUGACUCACGAAUCAAAUAUUAACCUUGUCUUGAAGGACUAAUCAAAUCAGAAUUGCUUUUCUGGGGCGACUCUUUUGGUACAUUUAAUUCACAUUCAACAAUGUCCAAUGAAUUUUCACAAAUUUCGACCAAAAAUUGGAACGACUAUUCAGCCAAACAAGCGCAACUUUUAUCCUCAAUUUCAUCUCUAUCAAUUGUUGGUGAUCAAGGGGGUUAAUCAUCAUCAUUAACUGUUUAACUAAUUUAUUUACACAACUAUCAGAUUUUUUUUCUAAAUUCUCAUUAUUUUUUUUUUCAAUUUAAAAUCAAUUCUUGUAAACCUGAGAAUCAAAAUUAUUAAACGAAUCAAGUCAAAGACUUUGA